ACGUUUGAGUCGUUUCGCUCUCUAAGUCUCUCUGUGCCACUUAGCCCUUCUAUCUCUAUCUCAAUUCUUAGAGCAAACCCUAAAGAACAACAAUGGCGGUUGAGGGUUUAGUUCUUCGCGGCACUAUGAGAGCCCACACCGAUCAGGUAACGGCCAUCGCCACCCCCAUCGACAACUCUGACAUGAUUGUCACCUCUUCUCGGGACAAGUCAAUCAUCCUCUGGCACCUCACCAAGGAAGAGAAAACCUACGGUGUCCCCCGCCGCCGCCUCACCGGUCAUUCUCACUUUGUCCAGGAUGUUGUUCUGUCUUCGGAUGGUCAGUUUGCUCUUUCCGGCUCCUGGGACGGCGAACUCCGUCUUUGGGAUCUUGCUGCUGGCGUUUCUGCUCGUCGUUUUGUAGGCCAUACUAAGGAUGUACUAUCUGUUGCAUUCUCGAUUGAUAAUCGUCAAAUCGUAUCGGCCUCUCGUGACCGUACGAUUAAGUUGUGGAAUACUCUUGGAGAGUGCAAGUACACAAUUCAGGAUGGUGAUGCUCAUAGUGAUUGGGUUAGCUGUGUUCGUUUCAGCCCUAAUACCCAUCAGCCUACUAUUGUUUCUGCUUCAUGGGACCGAACUGUGAAGGUUUGGAAUUUGACUAACUGUAAGCUGCGAUGCACUUUGGCAGGGCAUAAUGGUUAUGUUAACACUGUUGCUGUGUCGCCUGAUGGGUCUUUGUGCGCAAGUGGUGGGAAAGAUGGAGUGAUUUUGCUCUGGGAUUUGGCAGAGGGAAAGAGGCUUUACAAUCUUGAUGCUGGUGCAGUCAUCCAUGCUCUGUGUUUCAGUCCUAACAGGUAUUGGCUAUGUGCAGCUACAGAACAUAGCAUCAAGAUCUGGGAUCUGGAGAGCAAGAGCAUAGUGGAGGACUUGAAGGUGGACCUCAAAGCUGAGGCUGAGAAAUCCGAAGGCAGCACUGCCACCGGUACAAGUAUCAAGAAGAAGAACAUCUACUGCACAAGCUUGAACUGGAGUGCAGAUGGAAGUACCUUGUUCAGUGGUUAUACAGAUGGUGUUGUUAGAGUCUGGGGGAUUGGACGCUACUAAGGAGAAAUUAGUAGUAGUGAAGAUUGCUUUUUUGUUUUGGAUUCGAAACAAAUUAUCUUCUUUGUAGUAGUUGAAGCUUAAAAAACUAUUUAAGAUUUUGUUGAAAGUGUUUUGGAUCUUUGUUUUUUUGUUUAAUUUGGAUAUUAUAUAUGGCAUUGAGGCCUUUUCUUUGGAUCACAUGUUAGGUGGAAUGUCUUUCAUAAUUAGUUGGUUACGAAAUUGAGAUUUUUGAUGUGUAA